CUGCGCGCCGGCGCCCGGUGCCGCUCCCCCUGCGGCCCCACCUCCCUGCGCGGUGCGCGGCCACGUGGCCGGUGGCCGGCGGUGGCGGGGCUGAGCCAUGAGCGUGGGCUUCAUCGGCGCCGGGCAGCUCGCCUUCGCCCUGGCUAGGGGCUUCACGGCGGCAGGGGUCCUGGCCGCGCACAAGAUCACGGCGAGCUCCCCGGACACCGAGCUGCCCACCGUCAGCGGGCUGCGGAAAAUUGGUGUGAACUUCACGGUGAGCAACAAGGACACGGUGAAGAGCAGCGAUGUCCUGUUCCUGGCCGUCAAGCCGCCCAUCAUCCCCUUCAUCCUGGAGGAGGUGGGCCCCGACAUCGAGGCCCGGCACAUCGUGGUCUCCUGCGCGGCCGGCGUCACCAUUAGCUCCAUCGAGAAGAAACUCUCUGCCUUCUGCCCCACACCAAAAGUGAUCAGGUGCAUGACCAACACGCCAGUGAUUGUCCGGGAAGGUGCUACAGUCUAUGCCACCGGGACUCACGCGGAUGUGGAGGAUGGGAAGCUCCUGGAACAACUGAUGGCCAGUGUAGGCUUCUGCACUGAGGUGGAAGAGGACCUGAUAGAUGCUGUAACAGGGCUCAGUGGCAGUGGCCCUGCGUAUGCGUUCACUGCCCUGGAUGCUCUUGCAGAUGGGGGAGUGAAAAUGGGACUUCCCCGCAGGCUGGCUGUUCGACUUGGAGCGCAGGCUUUGCUGGGUGCUGCCAAAAUGCUGUUAGAAUCUGAGCAGCAUCCUGGUCAGCUGAAGGACAACGUCUGCUCACCUGGGGGAGCCACCAUCCAUGCCCUGCACUUCCUGGAGAGUGGUGGCUUUCGCUCACUCCUAAUCAAUGCUGUGGAGGCUUCCUGCAUCCGGACAAGGGAGCUGCAGCAUCUGGCAGACCAAGAGAAGAUCUCUGCAGCAGCCAUAAAGAAGACCUUGUUGGAUAAGGUGAAGCUGGAGUCUCCUUCUCUGUCUGUGGCACCUGCCAGCAAAGUCAGCCUGUUUACCAAUAGGAGCUCCAGCAGCAAGAAGAACUGACCAGACCACGGUAGUCUGGCCAUGCUGAACAUGAGCCUCCUCCAUGCCCUUUCCUUCUUGUCUAAGGAAAAAUGCUUACUCUGAAUGUUGGUGUCCCCCAUACUCAGCACUUGGCUUACAGCAGCUGUGGAGCAGUGCAACGCUGUAGAGGAGGGUCUUUAACCUGUAGUGGGGUCAGUGCAAACUGUUCCUGGCAUUGCUGUUCUCUGUUGGGCAGGGGUGUACCAUCAUUGGAGCUUCGUCAAGGGCAUUGUUUGUCCAGAAGGCUUGCAUAAUUCUAGGACUCAGGCAGUGUUCAAGGUGUCCCGUGCAGAAAUGGUUGCUAAUAGGAUUUUAAGAGGUUUCAGAAUGCCUUUUGGUUUCAAAGGUUUGAACCAGGCCUGGAUCUCUCUUGCUUCAUCUUGCAUCUGGUGUCAGAGCUUGUGUCUUGUUGCUGUCUUUCUUUGCUAGAGCAGAUGCUGCCACACAAAAGCAGUGCUGGGUGUUACACUAGAGGCUGGGCCCUAAAGUGUCUCUCAUAAGGGACCAAAGUGCCUCUGCCCCAUCUCCCAUCUUGCUUGACUUUGAGACAGAUGAUGUGAACCUCUGGACCGCACUCUGUUUCUCUCUUUGGUGGCUGCUCUGUCUGGUUUGGGGAACCAUGAGCUGCUCUCACUGUUCCUCCUUCACUGCUAGCCUUGCUUGGGUGUUUGGCCAGGUGGUGGGGUGGGUGGUCAGUGCUCCCUUUUUGCUCUCUGACACCUCUUCGUGCUCUCCAUGGGCAGAAUCUGUUCCCAUGUGCCUAUGGAUAUCUCUCAGUGUCACUGUGCACUGCGAUGCUCUCCCUGCUCUUUUCACUGCUCCUGGGGCAGCUGGGAGCAGAGCUGAAAUCAAGGACAACCUCCUCCAAAGAAAGUCAACUUCUGUACCGUUUCCUUAGACUCAGGAAGGGUUUUUUACCUUGGUGCUGAGCUGCUGUGUGGUAGCAGGGCUCUUCCUCAGCACCCUUCCUUGCAUCAGGCUGUACCUCCUUGGACUGCAGUGUUGAUGCCUGUUGACAGCGGCUGCUUCAGCUUGUGCAAUCCAGCCGUGUUGUGGUGGACUGACUGUCCCUCCACAACAGCAUUUCUCCCAGCAAAGCCCCUGGGCUGGUGAAAUCUCCAGCACAGCAGCCAGCCCUCUGUGUCACUUUAUAUUGGCACAGUUAUGUCUCUGGUAUUUUCUAGACAGUUUCUUUUUCGUUACUGUUUUUCUGAAGGUGUUGCACUGCUAAUGGCUAGAAGGGGAAAACACCUAGAAAAAAGUUCAGGGCUGCUUCAUGCAGUUGUGUCCCUAGUUCUUUAGAACAGAAGACUGAAGGGAAACACUGAGUCAUCUGAUGUGGCUUGUGGCUCAGAUCUUGUCCCAUGUCACCUAGCUUGUCCUGCAUGAGACCUCGGAGGAAAAUCAGUUCCAGCUUGGCACAAAAGAAGCUCAGGAAGGACUUCAGAAUGCCUGAUGCCUGUCCAACAACAAGCACUUGCUUGGAGAAACAUGCAAAUGACUACACUUGUGCAGAGGAGAAAGACCCUUGCUUUUCUGGUCUGGAGAAUUUCCCAUCUGACUUAAGUUUGUGAGCAAGAAACAGCAGUGAAGGAUGGGGGGUAGGAGCAGUGCCUUCUGCCCCUGCAGCUCUACUUGUGAGGGAGCUAAUCUGGCCAGGGCUGUGGUAGCAGCAGGUGGAGGGUGGCCCUGCUCAACCCUUCCUGCUGGCUAGCACAGCCCCGAGUGCCAGGCCAGGCGUGAGCUGGCACUGUGCAGUGUCAGGACAACAUGGCACUUCCCUUCCCUGGGCCCACCAGGGAAAGGAAUCGGGGAGGUUUGCAGACAAAGGGCAGAAGGAACCAACGCUCUGAUCAGACAGAAGGCAGAUUGCAGCCUGUCACCUGGAAGGCCAGUUAACCGUUCCUUCAGGCACAGUCUUGGAAGCCAGCCCCAGAACAGCAGCAAAGAGAAGGUUGUAUCUACUGUUUUCUAUGGUAUCUUUAUAGCCAAUGUCCCUGCGUGGCUUCCUUGCCUCUCCACAUUUCUCCCACAGCCUGAGUCCAUUUCCAAGCCAGAAAACUGCCCAAGGUGUGCAAGCUGCCACAGCUCUUCAGCAGGGCUGCCAUGGGAACAGCAUGCUGCAGGGGGUGGGAUGGACUUGGGUGGGUAACUUGUACUGUGCUCCACCUUGGGGUGUAAUGCAGGAGGGAUGAUAAAAGGGGGAUGUUUAAGAUGGGCUUAUUGUCUCCUGAGGAAUCCUGGAUGUGCAGGCGAUGCACAAAAAGCAUUUUGGUAUUGAUGCAGAGGCUGCCAAAGACCACCUGGAAAAAAACCCCAAUCUAACACCAAGGAAAGCUUGGAAGGGUGGGAACAACAGUAGGGAAACAACUCGUUAAGGGAGUAGGGGGUGGAGGUCCCCUGAGCCGAGGGUCUCCAACACUCAAGGAAUGUUGGACACUGGCGAGAUCAAACGAAAGGUUAGUUUGUAUGAACUAAAGACUGGUAAGAGGGAGCAGCCUGCCGAGGGGUGAGUAAUGGCCCCGGAAGCAGCAGAGUCAGCAGGAAUCUGCAGUAACUGGGGGACAGGGAAACAUGCAGGGGGAGAUUGCACCCGCUGACUCAGUUCAAGGUCAGAGGCUUGCCCCUCCGUGCUUGUAAGGAGCAUGUGUGCAAAUUUACACGGCAAACGAGUCUGACUUUAAUAAGGGGUGGUCUGCACUGAAGGAUAAGAAUAAAAGAGGAAAGCAAGUGCCAUUUUAGGAGGGAAUAAGAAAAAAAGCAGAAGGGACUUCUGGAUAAGUGCUCCUACAAGAAAUACCCCGUUGGCAGGCCCAAUGCUGGAUCCAGGACUUGUGAUGUCUCUCUCCCCCUCUACCUCCACUGCCACCCCCCCUGCCCCCUUCUCUUACUCUUUUACCUUUUUUUAGUAAGUAAUGCAAGGCAUAAAACUACAUGCACAGCAAGUGAUAAGCAUUUCUGCUUCUCAGUUAUCUACCAGUGAGCCUGACUAUGGAAUACAAAGUCUUUGUUUACCUGUGGUAUUGUGUAUACUCUGUUCCAACCAAGAAAAUCGGUGAAUCUGAGUCACUCCUCCCUCCUUGGCAGGAUGUGACACAAAGGUGCUAGUGAUGUUAAAGCAUUUUUAGUGUUAGGCUUUUGGCUGGUAGCAGGGUACGACCCUAUAGGCAUGUCAGAUGCUUACUCCUCUUCCCUCUUUAUAUAAUAAACCGCUUCUCUGACAGA